AGUCACGUCCCAACCAUGGAGCUGUGGACGUGAGUGCCCUGGUGGAUGCGGCCUGCGUGAUGCCAGGCUGGGGCUGGUGUCCGAUAAAGAUCCUAGAACCAUAGGAAACCAGGACUGAAAGAGAAAGGGUCUCACUUUGUUGCCCUGGCUAAUCUUGAACUUCUGACUUCAAGUGAUUCUUCAGCCUUGGACUCCCAAAGCACUGGGAUUGCUGGCAUGAGCCACUCACCGUGCCUGGCUUGCAACUUAAUCUUGGAGUGUAUAAACCUGGCUCCUGAUAGCUAGACAUUUCAAUGAGAAGGGGGCAUUGGAUUUUGCACGAGGACAAUUCUGACCUAGGAGGGCCGGUCAACAGGAAUCCCUGUUGUACCUGUACAUUGUACAGGUGUGGAGAAUGAGGAAUGAGGAGCUACCGGAACCCCAUAUUGUUUAGUGGACACUGGAUUUUGAAAUAAUAGGGAACUUGGUCUGGGAGAGUCAUAUUUCUGGAUUGGAGAAUAUGUGGUAUCACAAGGUUUUAUGAUGAGGGAGAAAUGUAUGUGGGGAACUAUUUUCUGAGUGUGGAAGUGCAAGAAUCAGAGAGUACUGAAUGCCAAGGCUUCUAUUUCAGGAACAUGAUCAUGUCUCCAUGAUCCAUAGGCCCUGCCCAAUCUGGCCUCACACCCUGGGAAUGCUCCAGACUGAUCUAGUAUGUGCGGAACAGCAAGUGCUGGCUCUCCCUCCCGUGCCACAGCUCUGGGUGUGGGAGGGGGUUGUCCAGCCUCCAGCAGCAUGGGGAGGGCCUUGGUCAGCAUCUAGGUGCCAGCAUGGCAAGGGCAGGGUCCUGGAGAAUGAAGGCUUUAUAAAGCUCCUCAGGGAGGCUCCCCAGCCCCAAACUCACCACCUGGCCGUGGACACCUGUGUCAGCAUGUGGGUCCUGGUUCUGUUCAUCGCCUUGCCUGUGGGGUGCACUGGUGCCGCACCCCUCAUCCAGUCUCGGAUUGUGGGAGGCUGGGAGUGUGAGAAGCAUUCCCAACCCUGGCAGGCGGCUGUGUACAGUCAUGGAUGGGCACACUGUGGAGGUGUCCUGGUGCACCCCCAGUGGGUGCUCACAGCUGCCCAUUGCCUAAAGAAGAAUAGCCAGGUCUGGCUGGGUCGGCACAACCUGUUUGAGCCUGAAGACACAGGCCAGAGGGUCCCUGUCAGCCACAGCUUCCCAUACCCGCUCUACAAUAUGAGCCUUCUGAAGCGUCGAAGCCUUAGACCAGAUGAAGACUCCAGCCACGACCUCAUGCUGCUCCGCCUGUCAGAGCCUGCCAAGAUCACAGAUGCUGUGAAGGUCCUGGGCCUGCCCACCCAGGAGCCAGCACUGGGGACCACCUGCUACGCCUCAGGCUGGGGCAGCAUCCAACCAGAGGAGUUCUUGCGCCCAAAGAGUCUUCAGUGUGUGAGCCUCCAUCUCCUGUCCAAUGACAUGUGUGCUAGAGCUUACUCUGAGAAGGUGACAGAGUUCAUGUUGUGUGCUGGGCUCUGGACAGGUGGUAAAGACACUUGUGGGGGUGAUUCUGGGGGUCCACUUGUCUGUAAUGGUGUGCUUCAAGGUAUCACGUCAUGGGGCCCUGAGCCAUGUGCCCUGCCUGAAAAGCCUGCUGUAUACACCAAGGUGGUGCAUUACCAGAAGUGGAUCAAGGACACCAUCGCAGCCAACCCCUGAGUGCCCCUGUCCCACCCCUACCUCUAGUAAAUUUAAGUCCACCUCACGUUCUGGCAUCACUUGGCCUUUCUGGAUGCUGGCCACCUGAAGCUUGGAACUCACCUGGCCAAAACUCGAGCCUCCUGAGUCCUACUGACCUGUGCUUUCUGGUGUGGAGUCCAAGGCUGCUAGGAAAAGGAAUGGGCAGACACAGGUGUAGGCCAGUGUUUCUGAAAUGGGUAUAAUUUCGUCCUUUUCUUCAGAACACUGGCUGUGUCUGGAGACUUCUCACUCAGUUUCAGUGAGGACACACACAAGGACGUGGGUGACCAUUUUGUUUGUGGGGUGCAGAGACAGGAGGGGUGGGGCCCACCCUGGAAGAGUGGACAGUGACACAAGGUGGACACUCUUUACAGAUCCCUGAGGAUAAGCUGGAGCCACAAGGUACGAGGCACACGCACAGCAAGGAUGACACUGAAAACAUAACCCACUCUGUCCUGGGGGCACUAGGAAGCCUAGAUAAGGCUGUGGGCAGAAAGAAGGGGAGGGUCCUUCUAUGUUGUUGAAGGAGGGACUAAGGGGAGAAACUGAAAGCUGAUUAAUUACAUGAGGUGUGUUCAGGUCCCCCAAACCACUGUCAGAUUUGAUGGUUUCCUAGCAGGACUUACAGAAAUAAAGAGCCAUCAUGCUGUGGUUUAUCAUGGUUUGUUACAUUGAUAGGAUACAUAUUGAAAUCAGCAAACAAAACAGACAUAUAGAUUAGAGUGUGGAGAAAACAGAGGAAAACUUGCAGUUAUGAAGACUAGCAAUUGGCUUUACUAAGUUUUCAGACUGGCAGGAAGUCAAACCUAUUAGGUUGAGAACCUUGUGGAGUGUAGCUGAUCCAGCUGAUAGAGGAACUAGCCAGGUGGGGGCCUUUCCCUUUGGAUGGGGGGCAUAUCUGACAGUUAUUCUCUCCAAGUAGAGACUUAUGGACAGCACAUAAUUCUCCCUGCAAGGAUGUAUGAUAAUAUGUACGAAGUAAUUCCAACUGAGGAAGCUCACCUGAUCCUUAGUGUCCAGGGUGUUUAUUGGGGGUCUGUAGGACCAGUAUGGAGUACUUGAAUAAUUGACCUUAAGUCCUCAGACCUGAGGUUCCCUAGAGUUCAAACAGAUACAACAUGGCCCAAAGUCCCAGAUGUACAAAAACAGGGAUUCAUCACAAAUCACAUCUUUAGCAUGAAGUGUCUGGCAUGGCCCAAGGCCCCAAGUAUAUCAAGGCACUUGGGCAGAACUUUCCAAGGAAUCAAAUGUCAUCUCCCAGGAGUUAUUCAAGGGUGAGCCCUUUACUUGGAAUAUACAGGCUUUGAGCAGUGCAGGGCUGCUGAGUCAACAUUUUACUGUACAGUGGCUGAGGGAAAGGGAGAGGAUGAGGAAACCCCCCUGGGGAUUUGGUUUGGUCUUGUGAUCAGGUGGUCUAUGGAGCUAUCCCUACAAAGAAGAAUCCAGAAAUAGGGGCACAUUGAGGAAUGACACUGAGCUCAAAGAGCAUUCAAUCAUUGUUUUAUUUGCCUUCUUUUCACACCAUUGGUGAGGGAGGGAUUCCCACCCUGGGGUUAUGAAUAUGGUUGAACACCCCACACGUAGCACUGGAGAUAUGAGAUCAACAGUUUCUUUGCCACAGAGAUUCACAGCCCAGAGCAGUAGCACGCUGCACACCAUGCAGGAUGACAUGGGGGAUGCGCUCAGGAUUAGCGUGAAGAAGCAAGGACUGUUAGAGGCAGGCUUUAUAGUAACAAGACAGUGGGGUGAACUCUGAUUUCCAUGGGGGAAUGUCAUGGUCUUGCUUUACUAAGUUUUGACACUGGCAGGUAGUGAAACUCAUUAGGCUGAGAACCUUGUGGAAUGCAGCUGACCCAGCUGACAGAGGAAGUAGCCAGGUGGGAGCCUUUCCCAGUGGGUGUGGGACAUAUCUGGCAAGAUUUUGUGUCAGUCCUGGUUACAGAUACUGGGGCAGCAAAUAAAAUUGAAUCUUGUUUUCUGACAUUA